AUGUCCCCUCCUACCACAAGACCACAUCCCCUAACCCAACUCUCAAUCACCGAGGCCCAUAAAGCCCGCGACAUAGUCAUAGGUCUACACAGCGGCUCUCUCGUCUCUUUCCGCACCAUAUCACUGGAAGAACCCCUCAAAGCAGAGUUGCAAAAGUUUCUAGAAAUAGAACAUAAUGGCGCUCUAGACGCAUCAACUAUUUAUCCAAAAAGAGUUGCUAGGGUUAUGUAUGAUGUUAUUGGUGGUACCAAGAUACCCCAAUAUCAAGAGUCUCUCGUGGAUGUUGAGGAAGGUGUUGAGAUCUCAAGGGAGAUUGUAGAUACCAAACAUCAUGCUCGUUUGACUUUAACCGAAUUCGACGACCUAGUAAAAGCCGCGUGGGCCUCCUCUCUUUUCAAAGAAGCGGUCUCCGAGCUCCAUAUCCCAGAAGGAUUUGAAGUCGUCGUAGAACCCUGGCCAUAUGGAGGAAGCAUCGAGGACGAAAAUCCUCGAUACUUUCAAGGUCUCUGUUUUGCGCAGGAUAAGCGAAAUGGGAACCCAGAUUCGAAUUUCUAUGGGUAUCCGCUUCCUUUGAUUCCUAUCAUGGAUGCUCAUACGCGCGAGAUUAUUCGGGUGGAAAGAUUGGCUACGGGAGGGAUUGAAGAUGGAUUUAAGGUGGGGACUCAUGAUAGGGAUAUUUUGAAACAUUGUAAGCCGUCGGAAUAUGUGCCGGAAUUGUUGGAAAAUGGUACGAGAAAGGGCUUGAAACCUAUUAAUGUGGUGCAGCCUGAAGGGCCAAGUUUUGUGGUAGAUGAGGAUGAGAGUUUGGUGGAGUGGCAGAAUUGGAGGUUUAGGGUCGGUUUUAAUCAUAGGGAGGGGGCUACCAUUCAUGAUGUGAGAUAUGAGGGGAGGAGUAUUUUAUAUCGGCUGAGUAUGUCGGAGAUGACUGUUCCGUAUGCAGAUGCUCGAGCUCCAUUUUAUCGCAAACAAGCAUUUGAUUUUGGAGAUGGUGGUGCAGGAGACUGUGCCAAUAACCUGGAGUUGGGAUGUGAUUGUCUGGGCGUCAUAAAAUAUUUUGACGGCACUAAAACUCAAGCCGAUGGAACCGUCUCCACAAGUCCCAACGUCAUUUGUCUGCACGAACAAGAUGCCGGUAUUGGCUGGAAACACACCAAUUGGCGUACCGGUCGCGCAGUCGUAACCCGUCACCGCGAACUCGUCGUUCAAUUCAUCAUCACCCUCGCAAACUAUGAAUACGUAUUCGCCUACAAAUUUGAUCUUGCUGGUGGCAUCACUGUCGAAACACGCGCUACGGGUAUCGUAUCCGUCGUCUCAAUCGACGCCGGCAAGAACAAGAGCGAAUACGGAAAUGUAGUAGCCCCAGGUGUCCUAGCACAAAAUCAUCAACAUAUCUUCUGCGUGCGUAUUGAUCCCGCGGUAGAUGGACCACUAAAUACCAUCAUGGUAGAGGAAUCCCACGCCGUGGCUGACAAGACACGGAAUCCGCACGGAAAUUUCUACGAAGUGGUUUCGAAGCCUGUAGAGAAGGUAUCGUGGAUCGAUGCCGCACCGAUGAACAACAUGUUUAUCAAAAUGAUCAAUCCAGGCAAGAAAAACAGCAUUAGCGGAAAAAACGUCGGCUAUAAAUUCAUGCCUGCAGCUACACAGGUAUUACUCGCACAGGAUGAGAGUAUCCAGGCCCAACGGGCUCGAUUCGCUCAACAUCACGUGUGGGUAACGAAAUAUAGAGAUGGGGAAUUAUUCGCAGGUGGGAGAUAUACGCUGCAGAGUAAGCGGGAAGUAGACGGGGUAGCGGAUGCGGUGGAUAGGGGGGAGUUUUUGGGGACAGAGGAGGGUGAGGAUGUAGUGGUGUGGAAUUGUUUUGGUUUGACGCAUAAUCCGCGUGUCGAGGAUUGGCCAGUUAUGCCGGUUGAGAUUCAUGAGUUGAGGAUUAAACCGUGUGAUUUUUUUGAGGGGAAUCCUGCUAUUGAUUAUUGA